GGGCAGAGGGAUCCUCCUCCGAUCGUCACUGGCAUGAACUUCUGACCAUGGGGGACUGGAACCUGUUGGGCAGCAUCCUUGAAGAAGUGCACAUCCACUCCACGAUAGUUGGCAAAAUCUGGCUCACAAUCCUGUUCAUAUUCCGGAUGCUGGUGCUGGGAGUAGCUGCUGAAGAUGUCUGGGAUGACGAGCAGUCUGAGUUCAUCUGCAACACGGAGCAACCUGGCUGCAACAAUAUCUGCUAUGACAAAGCCUUCCCCAUCUCUCUGAUCAGAUACUGGGUGCUGCAAAUCGUGUUUGUCUCUUCUCCAUCACUGGUUUACAUGGGCCAUGCACUCUACAGACUGAGGGCUCUCGAGAAAGAGCGGCAGAAGAGGAAGGCCCAGCUGCGAGUCCAGCUGGAAGACCUGGAGCCCAUGCCCGAGGAGCACAGGAGAGUGGAGAGGGAACUGCGCAAGCUGGAGGAACAGAAGAAAGUGAGUAAGGCCCCCCUGAGAGGGUCUCUGCUGCGCACCUAUGUCCUGCACAUCCUGACACGGUCAGUGGUUGAAGUGGGCUUUAUGAUAGAGAAGACCAUCUUUAUGGUUUUCAUGAACAGCAUCGCCGCCGUCUCCCUCUUCCUCAACAUCCUCGAGAUCGCCCAUCUGGGCCUCAAGAAGAUCCAGAAGAGCCUCUGCGGGCGGCCGUGGUGGCCAGCAAGCCCUGCCGAGGAGGAGACCAUCCUCUACAGCUCCAAGAAGAGCUCCAUGGUGCCGCCGGCUUGCCCGGCCACCGACACCUGCCCGCCGCGCCCAGCCGCCGCCCCGCCGCCACCCCACGCCCCCGCUGCUGCCUCUGCCCCCGCUCCCGGGGCGGCGAGGCCUGCGGGUCGGCAGCACCGCGGAGAGCUCCGGGGCACGCCGCCGCCGCCCCGCCGCCGGCACGGCUCGGCGCAGCACCAGGAGCAGCAGCCGCCGGCCUCCUCCAGCAGCGAGGAGGCGCCGCGCCCCAUGGCGGCGGGCGGCCCCGCGGGGGCGGCGGGCGCGGGCCGGCGGGCGCCUCGCAAGCACAGCCGCGGGAGCGUCUGCCGCGACCCCGAUGCGGAGCGCUGCAACUCCCCGGACAGCGGGCACUGCCCCGGGACGCGCAAGGCCAGCUUCCUCUCCCGCGCCCUCGCUGCCAGCCGGGCGGGCAGCGACAACGAGGACGCCGCUUCCCGCUGCGCCUCCGGCCCCGGCUCGGGCUCGGAGGGACAGCGCCUCGAAGAGGGCGGCCCGCCCGGCAGCCCGCCGCCCGCCGCCAUGGGGCGCCGCGUCUCCAUGAGCAUGCUCCUUGAACUAUCAUCUAUCAUGAAAAAGUGAUGCCAUUCUGAGCAGAAGAAACAAACUAAGGGAUUGAGCACAAACUGCCUUCAGCAGAGAGAUAAAAUUAUCAGUUGCUCCGUUCCUCUCUCCUGCUACGGUAAUGCUGAAUUCACAAAGCAGUUUAAGAAAGCAAACACUUUACUCCUCUGCUUUACACCCCUGGACUAAGCACCAUCCUCCAGCUGCUGGUGUUAAUGGGUAGCUCGCUCCAUGGCUCAGGAUUUUGCUCACGUAGCCUUGAGCUGGAUCUUGACUUGAGCAGAAACAGUCUUGUGUCUUUGGGAGAACACUUUGGGAUGUACAGCUUGUGCAUGCUAGUAGUGUUCAUAUCAGAAAUCAGUCUGACCCUUAGAUCUUCUGGGUGGUGGAAGACCCAAGGCACAUACAAGAAAGGGUUAGUUUGAUUUGACAGUAACCUGGAAGGCUGCGUGGCCUUGAUCUCCCCAGGCUUCAGCAGCUGAUGAAUAAAAGAUGGAAGAAAUACUCAAGGAAUCUGAAGGGACAGAGAAUUUAAGAGAGAAAAAAAUACUAGCUGAAGACUCUGCUGCUCAUCCACCCAUGCUAAUGCAGUCCUCAAGCUCUGACAGAGACUUCCUAUGCUAAUGCAGCCUCCGUGUAGCCACCACUUUCAACCUCAAAAUGGAAACUGAGCAAAACUGGGCAAUUUAAGUGCAAAAUACCUGCCCUUUUCUUCAGUUUGCUGAUGAAGAAGAUCAGCAAGGUAACACCUCAGGGCCAUGAAAAUCUCAUUCCCCUCCACCGUCUCAUUAGUUCAUACAGAGGAGCUGAAAGCCCCAAAGAGCUCAUUUUCAGUUUGCUAGGACAGACUAGCUGUGGAAGGGUGGAUUUGUGGCUUGUAUGCAGCCCAGGAAAGCAGCCCUUCCACUUCUAUAUCUGGAAAUUAAAGCACCUUCGUCUGACUCUCCCAGAUCCUGUUUCUGGCCACAGACUUUUGGCUGCUUUUAUUUGUCCAUCUCGUCAUAGCACAUUUGCUAUCACCUCAGCAGCAAGUGAUGCUAGCAAUAAGCUCCUUUGCUAUGCCAGAUUCUCUGAGCAUUAGUAUCCUCUGUGACUUGACAACUCUAAGGUAAGAUUAGCAGAAAGCAGGGCAGCAGGAAAAGAAAAAGACACAGCAUAAAGAUUGCUUGGGAUUACUGAGGUUUUGUUCUGGUGCACAUGACCUAGACUCACUUUCUGUCUCACUACAACCCAAUACCAGUUUGCCUGUCCACUUCUGUUUAACAUCUUUAUUGAUAACCUUGAUGAAGACACAGUGUGUGUCAGUAGUAAAUUGGCAGAUGAUACCAAGUUAGAUGUCAGUGUUGAUCUGUACAAGGGUAGGGAGGCUCUGCAGAGGGGCUUGAAUAGAUUGGAUCCAUGGCCAAUGUUUAUGGGAUAA